UUCGGCCAGCGUUCAGUUGGUUUUUGUUGAGGGAUGACAUUCAGGCGUAGAAACCUUUUUUUCGACCGGAUCGACCGGAGCGGAGACAAUUUUCGUAGAAAGCCUUUCCGACGAUCCGUCACAAUUAGCACAAAUGCCAGCCCAGUGACGGACACUUGGAAGAUGUUGCGGCGAGAAGUGGAACCGUUCGCAAAAAAUGCACUAUUUUUGACAGCUCGAUCUCUUCGAUCGAUCAUCCAAUUUUUCGGGAGUAGCAUUUUUGGCAUUACGUGCAUUUGCUUUUAACGAAGCCCUCGAUGUGUUACGCUGAAGAUGCCCUUGCUCAGUCCCCUGCUUGAGUGUGAUAUGCCUUUUCACGGUGGGCAAUUUAACAACGCAUGGCCGGAGGACGUACGGCCAAAAAUUAUGCACCAUUUGCUAAACUGGAAGAUAUUCACCACUCCUCGGCGGGGUAGCAGGGAAUGAUUACAUCAACAACAGUCCAGGUUUGUAAAAUAGGGAGAGUGUAAUCUCGGCCGGCUUACGAAGAAUCUCUGCGGUUAAUACACGCUUAGCAGAGUUGCAGUUGUUGUGAAAAAGAUAGCGACAUGCAAGCAACCCCUACGGAAGAACCUGAUCGCGAUAGAGUCGUUCCGGCGAGCACGAGAAAAAAAAAACUGGGAGGAGGCUACGCAGCAAGGACGCGCAGGAAAUAUGGUGCUGGCCCCGUUUAGGGUUUGUCUUUGGUGCUAGCCAUACGAAAAGGCCUCUUCACGCACCCCUCUGUUUGGCAAGAAGGCAUCCUUGGCGAGACUGUGUUCGGCUACAAUCGAUGUCCUGUGCCUAUCGAUCCCUCGCAGACAGACUGUCUGUUGGAUUUUUGGUGCAGGCAGGGAAAACCCUCGCAUCCAACGAAUCCCAUCCCGAAAAAAAGGACACACAUCCCGUCCUCUUCCCGCAGAUCGUCCCAUCUCGCUCCGUGUCCUUACGUGUCCAGGAUUCUGGAGGGCAUUUUCGUUUAUAUUUGUACGCUUCCCUGCUUAGUCAUCUCAUUUUGCGCGCAGCUAUCCAAGUGUGAACAUCUCGUGCAUCGCACCGUAUCCGAAAAAAGUGAACAAAAUGUCGGCCAAAACACUAACGCCACCGCAAACGUACUCGCGGCUGUUUCGUCCGUGGGAUGGUAAGGAAGCAAAACCUGAAGAGGUGUUACCGUCGGCAACCUGCAGCCGUGAACCAAGCCCAAGUCGUGUGAACGGUGAAGAAUCGGACGCGUACAGUGACAGUGAAAGUGAGCAAACGAUUAAAUCCGAACCGACGGAUUACAGCCAGCACAGUCCAGUGAAAUGUGGUGAGAUCUACGGAUCGAAGCUUCCCAUCGGCGCGGACCCGUCGAUGAUGCAUUAUCCUUCGGCGGAUGUAGCCGCGUACUACCAUUAUUGCUAUCAGCAGCAGCAACAACUGGCCGAACAUCCACUACCGAGCCAGCUGCAUGCGGACCCGCUCAGAGUUCCUGGUCCGGUGGGAGCUUUCGGCGCACCCGGCACCAUGCCUUCUGUGAUCGAUCCGCUCGGGUUUUCGUACGAUCAGAUGGAGCAGGAGUACAUGCGUGUGCUGAGUGAGGAUGCAAAGGCGAAGCUACUGGCCAGCCGAAAGCAGCGACCGAAGAAGUUCAAAUGUCCCCACUGCGACGUAGCGUUCUCCAACAAUGGUCAGCUGAAGGGACACAUCCGCAUUCAUACCGGCGAACGGCCGUUCAAGUGUGAUGAACCUAGCUGUGGUAAAACGUUCACCCGCAAUGAGGAACUUACGCGCCAUAAACGUAUCCACACCGGCAUCCGACCGUACGGCUGCCAGACGUGCGGGAAAAAGUUUGGCCGUCGGGAUCACCUCAAGAAGCACACCAAAACUCACAUGCCCCAGGAACGGUACACGUAUGGGCUGAUGCCAGCGUCGGCAGCUGCAGCCGCGGCGGCGGCCAUGUUGAUGCCAAUGUACGCGUCCCAUGUCUUUGGAUACUAGUAGGUGGGAUUAGUGCAUUGGAUCCAGCAUCCCAGUGAUUCGUGUCGAUAGGCUAUUUACUAUCGAUCGUGAUAAAACCAGUGGCACAAGUGAUGAAGUUCUUUCGUCGAAAUUAGUACUCCGAGUGGCAAAAGACUAUUAGUGUUAAGAACAGAUUAUUUUAGAUAUUUUCCGACGGCAGUUUACAAAUGUUUGUUCCGAGAGUGUUAAUAACUUUUUUUCGUAUAGAGAUAAGAAGCAAAAGAAUAAAACUAUGGCAGAUGAUAGCAAACAUUUAAAUUUA